AUGAUUGCAGCUGCCGCGGCGGCGACGUCGCCUCGCGCGCGGCGGUGGGCCAUCGGCGCCCUCCUCGUCGGCAGCGUCUUCUACUUCACCGUCGUGUUCCCACGGCUGCUCGAGUUCGGCCGGCUGUUCGGCCCCCACGCCGGCACCGUGAUGACGCAGGAGCAGGUCCUGGAUGCCCACAACGCCUCACUCUCCUUGCCGGAUAGCCGGCCGCGGCCCGUACCGCGCAUCAUACACCAGGUCUACCUCGAUGGGACGACGCAGACGACGCCCGCCAACAGGACCAUUCCGCAGGAGCUCGAGGCUGCGCGCAGGACGUGCGAGUCAUUGCACCCGACGUGGGAGUACAAGCUGUGGCACAGCGACGAGGCUCGAACGUUCAUCAAGUCCGAGUACCCCUCGUUCCUGGGCAUCUACGACGGCUUGAAGACUGCCCAACAACGGAGCGAUGCGUUGAGCUACUUCCUCGUCCGCUACUAUGGCGGCAUAUACAUCGACAUGCACAUUCACUGCGAUGCCAAUCUCGAGCCGUUACUCUUCUACCCUGCCUGGGUUGCUUACUAUGGCCCCGGGGUCCUGAGCAACGACAUCAUCGCCGGCGAGCCAGGACACCCAUUCUGGGUCCUCAUGACCACCUUAGAGUUCGGCCCACCGCAGCCCAAGACUCCGGACGCCCUCCCCUACGCUGCCCCUCCCCAUGCCACCAUGGGCGCGUGGUACGAGACGGAGAUGUGGGAGCGCUACCACGCCGAAAAGCCGGACACCAGCCCCGACCUGAUGCUGCUGUCCGUGGGGCACCGAAACGCAAGCCACCCCGGCGUGUUCUUCCACGGAGGCGAAGACCUGAUCGAGCGGCAGAGGGUGCGCCCCGUGGCCGAAUGGGUCGGCAGGCACCCGUACCAGACUACCUUGUAUGGUUUCGCCGUCGUGUGCGCGGCUGUUGUCGCGUACUUUGGCCUGGGCCAGACGGUCUUGGAGUAUCAGACUAUGAAGAAGGGCUACCGCGUUCUUGAAUAUCUGCCGACGACGUGGAGGCCGAGAGCGCACGGCGGAUAA